CUAACCGUAGGUUUCAAAUCUAGCUAAUCGUUAGCAGCAAGGCAAACGUGUGUUAAAGUGGCAGUCGUUCUUAUUUUAUCACAAGCUAGCUUUUGUUGAACCUCACCACUGGUAGCGUUUAAUUGAUAACAUGGCCCACAAACAAAUCUACUACUCAGACAAAUAUAACGACGAGCAUUAUGAGUACAGACACGUUGUGUUGCCUAGGGAGCUAGCCAAACAAGUACCGAAAUCACACCUGAUGUCCGAGGAUGAGUGGAGAAGACUUGGGGUGCAACAAUCACUUGGAUGGGUACACUACAUGAUACAUGAGCCUGAGCCUCACAUCUUGCUGUUUAGAAGGCCUUUACCGAAGCACUGAUUGAACAUUGAUGCUGUCUUUUUGGAACAUUCCUAGCUAAGAAUGUAGUAUUCAGUGAAUACUUGCCAACGUAAAUUUUGCUGUCAGCUGUGCAUUAGCUGGAUUUUUCUCAGCAACAAGAGCUCAGUUGGAUUUUGUGGAAAAUAUUGUUGCUGUCAUGGGUUUGGAGUAUAAGGGCAAAUAUUUUCAGAUAUAACUGUACACUACAAUACGUGCCUCUAGUAAUUUUGUUUUAUGGUAAAAUAAAGUUAUUUUGUGCAAUAGG